CUAAGCUCUAUCACCACGCUGUACCCUUGACCAUGUCAUUUAUUAAAACACGCUAAAUGUGGAUUUAUAUGGUGAAACUGUACAAGUAUAGGCCGUCAACUGCAAGGACUGUAUUCGCUCGCUGCCUUAACAGUGACACGAUUCGGGCCAAGAACGUUUACUGUGAAAUCGUAUUCAUUGCUAGCAGUUUCCAGCAAACUAUUGUCAGCAGUGACUAACUAUACUGAUGUUCAUGCAGGACUUCCAUUACAGCGCUUGCUUUUCUUGAUGAAUAUCUUCAACUGUUGGAAAGAUUCAGGCAAAUGACAUUGACUGACAAAUUCUAUUACAUGUAUAUACUUGCAUUUUUAGUUAAACAGUGACGAUAUAAAAGCAAAGGACGUUAACAGCAAGGAUUUCAUUAGUUCGUUCGUUUUUUCUUGUUGAAUAUCAUUACCAGUGAAAAGAUACAGGUACUGAUCGUAGCUUGGAGGAUUUGUGGCCGAUAUAUACUUUUUAAUAGCUUAAUAUUGUCACCAGUGGACAGAUACUGACAAAGGAAAUAAACUCAUAAAAGUGCAUUUUUAGCUGCUUUUUCCACUUUUACUAUAAGCAGUGAAAAAACACACGCACAUUCUGCAGACUAAGGAAUUGCAUCCCCGACCUGCUUUUCGAGUUCAGUGUUAUCGUUACUCGUUUUACCAGUGAUUGCUGCAGUAGUCGUCCCAUUCGUCCCUUUAUCUCUGCAGACUGAAUAUUAUUUCAGUAUUCGCAUUCGCAUUCGCUGGUUAUUUUCCAGUUGAAUAUUAUCGUCACAUUCUUUUUUUACACUCAACCUUACUGCGGUGUUAAUAUUUGUAUUCACCACUGUCUUUAUAUAUUAGGUAUUAUUGAAGUAGUCGCAUACGUCACUUGGCCUCUGAAACUGAAUAUUAUUACAAUAUCCGUAAUCUCUUUCCUAUUUAAUUGUGGACUCUACUGAAAGCUAUAGCAACCCAUACCGUCCUUCCUACCCACCACCUGUAAAAUGUGGAUCAACCCGCUGGGUAUUUCGGCGUUUAUCACCACCCUGGUGGCCACUGUUCUCAUAGUAGUGGCCUUCAUCCUCCCUCAGUGGUGGGUGAUCACCACCCGUGGGGGACGGACCACGAGCUAUGGACUGUGGACACUCACAUACUGUACCGACGACGGAUGUCACCUGGAGGCCACCAGUCAAAUUGAAGGUGGUAAAGAGUUCCUGUUUAUAAGCAAGGUGUUCGAGACCUUGGCAGUUGGACUCAGUCUAGUGGGACUUAUUCUUCACACAGUCUACAUCCCAUGGAGGAAAGUCGUCGUUCGGUCCUUGGCAAUCUACUGCUUGGGUGCUGCAGGUCUCUUUGUAAUGCUUGCCGUCUUCAUUUACAUUGGCAAGUUUCAGAGCUUGGGAGAGCAAAAUCGCAGUUUGAAGGUUGGCGCCUCGUUCGCAAUCUCACUGGUAGGUGGCGUCGUGUGUCUUGUCGCCUCAGCUCUGACAGCCAUCGCCUCGGUUCGGAAGGCCAGUCGGCACGAAGACGAGGAACGACUGGACACCGUCAUACUACAGGGCUCGCACUGGAACGAAUUUUAGUUUAGCCAAUUUUCAGAAAAUUAUUAAAAUGUCAUUAACAUUUUAUUAGCCAAAGAUUGAAUGUUGUAGCCAUUUUGUAUAUAAAAACUAGCAGUUGGCUAAUUUAGCAAUGGACAGGGUGAGUCCUGGUCAUGUUAUAAUAUUAAUUUAGCGAUGGACAGGGCGAGUCCUGGUCAUGUUAUAAUAUUAAUUUAGCGAUGGACAGGGCGAGUCCUGGUCAUGUUAUAAUAUUAUUUUAGCGAUGGACAGGGCGAGUCCUGAUCAUGUUAUAAUAUUAAUUUAGCGAUGGACAGGGCGAGUCCUGGUCAUGUUAUAAUAUUAAUUUAGCGAUGGACAGGGCGAGUCCUGGUCAUGUUAUAAUAUUAAUUUAGCAAUGGACAGGGCGAGUCCUGGUCAUGUUAUAAUAUUAAUUUAGCGAUGGACAGGGCGAGUCCUGGUCAUGUUAUAAUAUUAAUUUAGCGAUGGACAGGGCGAGUCCUGGUCAUGUUAUAAUAUUAAUUUAGCGAUGGACAGGGCGAGUCCUGGUCAUGUUAUAAUAUUAAUUUAGCGAUGGACAGGGCGAGUCCUGGUCAUGUUAUAAUAUUAAUUUAGCGAUGGACAGGGCGAGUCCUGGUCAUGUUAUAAUAUUAAUUUAGCGAUGGACAGGGCGAGUCCUGGUCAUGUUAUAAUAUUAAUUUAGCGAUGGACAGGGCGAGUCCUGGUCAUGUUAUAAUAUUAAUUUAGCGAUGGACAGGGCGAGUCCUGGUCAUGUUAUAAUAUUAAUUUAGCGAUGGACAGGGCGAGUCCUGGUCAUGUUAUAAUAUUAAUUUAGCAAUGGACAGGGCGAGUCCUGGUCAUGUAUAAUAUUAAUUUUCGUAAUAUCUGACGGAGUCGGCCGAAGAUAUCACCGAAGUUCUGGAAUACAGCAAUAGAAAAUACUGAACUCUUAAAUAUUUGUAACACAAGUGGAACAAGUACAGAUUGGCCAUUGGCAGCGAGAUGGAAUGAAAUAAGGGCGAUGGGUGAGACAGAGGAUUUUCUGUGGAUAUAUUUAUACACCUUAUGCAUAGGACCGGAGUAAAGUGAAAGUCAAAGCAAGUAGAUCAUUAUUGUAAUACCAUAAGAAAAGCGUGCUAAGAAGGGGCCUAUAAUGAAGUUUUGCCUUUAACUCACUUGUUCCUAAGUUGGGCCCCGCAUGUGUAUACAGAAGCGCUGUCAUGUUAUAUGCAUGUAGUUGAUUGCUUCGUCCUUGUUAUUACUCAAUAGAUCUUACUGGCCACUGCGUGUAUUCAGAUAACCUUUCAUUAGACAACUGAAAUCGUAGCAUUCCUAAGACUAACAACAGCGUCAAGACGUUUUGAAUGACUGUUCCUGAAAGAUGAUUACUUGGACAUGAAAUCAUAAUGGCUCAUCUCAGAUCUACCAGCAGUAUGGUCAAGAUCUGAUUUCAGUCAGACAGGGUCUCACAGCCUAAUUCUACUUUGAUGAGCAUCUGAUUAAAUUUGUGUAUGCUUUACAGUUUCUGAAUUAGCUUAUUUGAAUAUAUGGCAUGUAGACUUUCUACAGACGUCUAGCUUUUACAAAUAAAAUAUAAAUAAUA